AUGGAUGCGAUUUCUGCAAUGGGUGGAGUUACGAUUCAGGGGGAUGGUGGCGUAGAAUUUAAAAAGGGUUUGUGUACUGGAGCAGUGGCUGAAUCUGAGCAAAAGGGUGACGGUGACCAGAAAAUCAUCAGGGAGAUCGAAUCCAAGCAAGAAAUUAAUAUUGAUAAGAAAUCUGCAGAGAAAAUCAUUAUUGAAGACUGUGAUUUUAAGGCAGAAUUUUUAGAUGGAAAAUGGACAGUGGAAUGGAAUUGGAAGGAUGUGAACAGACUGCCUAUGUUGGAAAAUCAAGUAAAAAUGUACAGAAUUCCUGAGAAUGCUACCGAAGCCUUCGAAACUGAAGUUGAAGAAUGGAUAAAAAGUGGUUGGCUGCAGCCCUAUCAUGGAGAGUUUGAAGGUGUGAUUCCUUUGAUGGCUGUCAUACAGCAAAAUAAGGAUAAAGUGCGGCCUGUAAUGGACUAUAGAGAACUUAACCAAUUCGUUUCAAGCCAUACAGCUGGAAGUGAGGUUUGUAGUGAAAAGUUAAGAUUGUGGAGACGAUUGGGUGAACAUGUGAGUACAGUUGAUCUUCGUAAAGCGUACUUGCAAAUUCAUAUUGCUCCACAUUUGUGGAAAUUUCAAGUUGUCAAAUUUAAGGGUGAAAACUAUUGUUUAACUCGACUUGGGUUUGGGUUAAACGUUGCCCCAAAGAUUAUGAGCAGUAUUGUUAACAAGGUUUUAUCGAUGGAUCCGAUAGUUAGGAGUGCCACAGAUUCAUAUGUCGAUGACAUCGUCGUUAAUGAAGAAAUCGUCAGUAGUGAUGUUGUGAUUAGAUUGUUGGAAACAUAUGGUUUGACAGCAAAGCCGGCAGAAACGCUUGAUGGAGGCAGAGUAUUAGGACUAAGGCUGAGAAGAGCAGGAUGUAAGCUAAUGUGGUACAGAGAUAACAAAUUAAAACCUUUGGACCAAGUUAAAACAAAGAAAGAUGUUUUCUCGUUGUGUGGGCAAUUGAUUGGACACUAUCCAGUAGCAAGCUGGCUUCGACCUGCAUGUAGUUUCGUUAAGAGACAUUUGUCGGAUCUGAAGUGGGAUGAUUUGAUCAGUGAACGUGCGCAAACUAUGUUAACAAAUAUUAUGGAUCGAAUCGAUGAAAGAGACCCAGCCACUGGCAAAUGGGCUGUGUCCCCUGGAGAAGAAGGAAAAGUGUGGUGUGACGCAAGCAGUCUAGCGAUCGGAGUUUGUCUAGAAAUUGAAGGUGAGAUAGUCGAAGAUGCUUCGUGGCUGAGGAAGCAGCAUGAUUCAGCACAUAUCAAUUUAGCAGAAUUGGAAGCUAUCCUAAAAGGAGUAAAUUUGGCCCUGCGUUGGGGGUUAAAGAAGAUCGUAUUAAUCACAGAUUCAGCAACAGUUCAUGCUUGGGUGUCAUCUAUACUGACGGGGGACCGUCCUAUCAAAACACAUGGGUUAAGUGAAGUUUUGGUUAGAAGACGAUUAAGCCUAUUUAAAGACAUUAUUUUGGAAUGUGGUCUCAAUGUACAAAUAGAACUCAUUAAGUCACAGUUCAACAAAGCAGAUCUUCUUACAAGAGUGCCAAAAAAAUGGUUAGCAAGAAACGAAGAGACUAGCAUUGCACUUGUGUGUGAGAAUGAGAGUGUGGACCAAAAGACAUUGGUGAAACAGGUUCAUGACUUGCAUCAUUUUGGUGUUAACCGUACUUUAUUCACCGCCAGACGGUGUCACCCAGACAUUAACUUUACCACAAAAGUUGUUGAAGAAGUUGUGAAAAGUUGUAAAGAGUGUCUGUCAAUUGAUCCAUCCAGCAUCAAAUGGGAGCCUGGGUAUUUGGAUUGCCAGAACAAUUGGUAUAGGCUUGCCAUUGACGUAACACACUAUGGUCAAAGCAAGUUCAUGACCAUUGUGGACUGUGGUCCAAGUAGGUUCUGCAUUUGGCGCCGGAUCCCAAAAGAGACGAAAGAUCAGAUUUCUAAAGUGUUGUUGGAAUUGUUUACUGAUCGAGGGCCACCACAUGAGAUUUUGAUGGACAAUAGUGCAACAUUUCGAUGCGAAGAGAUUACUCAGCUCUGUGAUAAAUGGGGUAUUAAAGUUGUGUUUAGGUGUGUCAACCGGCCAAGUGGAAACGGGAUAGUUGAGCGAAACCACAGAACAAUCAAGCGUAUGGCCGCAAGAACUAAAGGGAGUAUCCAAGAAAUGGUCUAUUGGUACAAUUUGACACCUAAAGAAGGAUUAGGUGGCGAUUCAUCGCCGAGUUCCCAGAUUUUUUCGUACCAAUGGCGAUGUAAAGGUGAACCUGUAAAAGGUGAAGUGUAUGAGGGGUCACAUUUUACAGUAGGUGAACGUGUGUAUGUCAAGCCGCCAAACCCAUCCUGUACUUCGAGAUGGAAGGAAGGAGUGGUUACUGGACAGUUUUUACCCAGAAGUGUUGAAGUAAAUGGCAGGCCUCAUCACAUAGCAGAUGUGCGAAAAGUAGUUGAAAGUAAAAAUGAAAGUGUAAGUUGUGUCGGCACCUCGAGGGCGUGUGGUGGUGUUGACACCACGGGGGCGUGUAGCUGUGAACUAGCAUCAGCUGACUAG